CACUGAGGGGCGGGCUGGGACUGGCCAAGCGGCUGGAACCGGGCCUCCUCCACCAGAGGCCGGUGAAAGCUGUCUUCCUGCGCCGGUGACCGGUUAAGGGUGAGCAGGAGAGAUCGGUUCAUCCGCUGUGGCCAUGUCUGUAUCCUCCAGGGGCGGUAGCCCCACGAAGUUGCACCCUCAGGCCAGGCACGGCUGGACACUCAUAUCCCCCCAGGGGUCUGGGAGAGGGCAGUGACUGGCACCCUCCGUAGGUCCUGUGUUCCCCCAAGAAACAGGAAAAGUUGCAUGCCCUGCGGACAUUUAGAGGAGCUGCCUAAAAGUGUUCCUGUGGAGAUUUCUGGAGCUUCAUGCCUAACUGCUUCAGGCCCAGUUUUCCAGGGGCGUCAGCUGCAAAAGUUAAAGCUCCAGUGGAGGACAGCCCCAAAGAUGGCUGCUGACAUGCAGAGGAAAAGAAGCAGUGAAUGCCCUGAUGGCACAUUGGCUCCUUCUGAUGGCCAAAGUAUGGAGAGAGCUGAGAGCCCCACGCCAGGACUGACCCAGGGAACGGAGCCAGGUGCGGGGCAGGAGGGUGCCAUGUUUGUCCAUGCACGUUCCUAUGAAGACCUGACAGAGUCAGAAGACAGAGAAGCUUCUGGGGACAGCCCCAAAGAAUAUGCUGGAAGUCCCCCGCCACUGCCUACAGACAUGCGCCAGAUCAGCCAGGACUUCAGUGAGCUGAGUACCCAACUGACAGGGGUAGCCCGUGACCUGCAGGAGGAAAUGCUACCAGGAAGCUCAGAAGACUGGCAGGAGCCCCAGGGAGCAGCUGGACGACCAGCCACAGAGCCUUCUCAAGAGGGCACAACUGAAGGGGAUGAGGAGGACGCUACAGAGGCAUGGCGCCUCCACCAGAAGCAUGUGUUUGUACUGAGUGAGGCAGGGAAGCCCGUGUAUUCUCGCUAUGGGUCUGAGGAAGCACUUUCCAGCACCAUGGGUGUCAUGGUUGCUCUGGUGUCCUUCCUGGAGGCAGACAAGAAUGCCAUUCGCUCCAUCCAUGCAGAUGGCUACAAGGUAGUAUUCGUACGCCGGAGCCCUCUGGUGCUGGUGGCGGUGGCCCGCACGCGGCAGUCGGCCCAGGAGCUGGCACAGGAGCUACUGUACAUCUACUACCAGAUCCUGAGCCUUCUAACUGGCGCGCAGCUGAGCCACAUCUUCCAGCAGAAGCAGAACUACGACCUGCGGCGCCUGCUCUCAGGCUCGGAGCGAAUCACCGAUAACCUGCUGCAGCUAAUGGCUCGAGACCCGAGUUUCCUGAUGGGCGCCGCGCGUUGCCUGCCCUUGGCAGCGGCAGUGCGGGACACGGUGAGUGCCAGCCUGCAGCAGGCGCGUGCUCGCAGCCUGGUCUUUUCUAUUCUGCUGGCCCGCAACCAGCUGGUGGCGCUGGUGCGCCGCAAGGACCAAUUCCUGCAUCCCAUCGACCUGCACCUGCUUUUCAACCUCAUUAGUUCCUCCUCAUCCUUCCGUGAGGGCGAGGCAUGGACCCCCGUGUGCCUGCCAAAGUUCAAUGCGGCCGGCUUCUUCCACGCGCACAUCUCUUACUUAGAACCUGAUACCGACCUCUGCCUGCUGCUGGUCUCCACUGACCGUGAAGACUUCUUUGCAGUCUCUGACUGCCGCCGCCGCUUCCAGGAACGCCUUCGAAAGCGGGGAGCCCACUUGGCCCUGCGGGAGGCGCUGCGCACACCUUACUACAGCGUUGCCCAAGUGGGCAUCCCUGACCUUCGUCACUUCCUCUAUAAGUCAAAGAGCUCAGGACUCUUCACCAGUCCUGAGAUCGAGGCCCCAUACACCAGUGAAGAGGAGCAGGAGCGGCUGCUGGGCCUCUACCAGUACCUGCACAGCCGCGCCCACAAUGCCUCUCGCCCACUCAAGACCAUCUACUAUACAGGCCCCAAUGAGAACCUCCUAGCCUGGGUGACAGGUGCCUUUGAGCUCUACAUGUGCUACAGUCCACUGGGAACCAAGGCAUCAGCUGUCAGUGCCAUCCAUAAGCUGAUGCGCUGGAUCCGUAAAGAGGAAGACCGGCUCUUCAUCCUCACACCCCUCACCUAUUGAUGGAAGUGGGAAGGCACACUGGGCGUGGGAAGCCGUGAGAGCCUCCCGGUGAGGCUGGCUUCUCCUGCCCAGCCAGCAGGCAGGGACUGUGGGUUGGUGCGUGCAUUAAAGUGCUUUGAGAAAGACA